UCUCCACAGAUCUCAUUUACAAAGACUGGCUUUGCUGCCUUAAAAGGCUCGGACUAGAACAAUGACACAAAGCAAAAAUCUGGGGGCCAGCAGGCUCCCACUCCGUAUUGCAUCUGAGAGGGCAUAAUUUUUAAAGGACUUACAACUGAACAAAGGUUCUACGGACAACUUAGUGACGCUGGACUAAUCCAAUGAAGCAGAAAGGAAAGACUCCUACUUAAGCCAAUAUUUCAAACAUAAUGAAACAGCAUCCUUGGAUUAUGUAAAAGAUCAGCAGUCAGAAUGCAUGGAUUCUACCUAAAGUCAAACAGAGCCAUUCCCCAAUCAAUGGGCAUCCACUUUGUUUCCAGUUCUUUGUAACCAUGAAGAAUGCUGAUAGGAAAACCUGCAAGUUUCUCAUUUUACAGAGGAGGAAAUGGAGGCCCAGAGAAUUUAAGUGACUCACUGAAGGUACUCCAUAAGAGUAUUCAGCAAUUAAGGUGUAUCCAAGUUUCAACAUCAGUAAGCACAACUAAUGAUCUUCACUACUUCUAAGUAUCAACAGAAAGAACAGUAAAUGCAUGUUGGUGGUAGGGGAAACAAAGGGAUGUGCCAUUUUGAAACAUCUAAUACAACCCAGGAAAGGAAGGGAACUCAUCUACUGAACAGUAAGGAAGACUAUGGAUCCUUAUACCUGUAACUGAGAGGAGGCUUAAACAAAUAUUUGUUCAAACUAUGGUGAGAAGAAAGUGCCUGGAGGACAAAAAAUGAACCAACUGGAUGCAACAAAGUCAGGAUUUUUAGUGUGCAUUGGUAUUUGCAUUUUUAUCUUCAUUUUUCUUUAUGUGAGGAAUACAAUUCCAGAUGAACCAAAAGAAGAACCAACCUACCCAGAAACAACAGAAUGUGGCUUUUAUCCAGAUGAAAUAUGUUCAGCCCUUUUUGAAGGGAAAGGGGCUGCCCCUCAAAUUGGACAACUCUGUCAGCAAAACACUCAUGAACCUGAAAUAACCCCUUGCCUAGGGACACCAGGCAGCUGUAACUGCUCUCUGAUUUUUCAGGGGCUCCAUUUCAUAACAAGACCCCUGUCUGCAGAAGAGGAGAAUUUCUCCUUGGCAUAUAUCAUAACCAUUCAUAAGGAGUUAGCUAUGUUUGUGAAGCUUCUCAGGGCUAUUUAUGUCCCUCAGAAUGUUUACUGCAUACACAUUGAUGAAAAAUCACCCCAGAGUUAUAAAGCUGCAGUGAAAAACUUGGUUGACUGUUUUGAAAAUAUUUUUAUUUCAUCAAAGAGAGAGACUGUGAUUUAUGGUGGAUUUUCAAGACUACAGGCAGAUAUUAAUUGUAUGAAAGACCUAGUGAGCUCCACGUUUCGGUGGAAGUAUGUAAUAAACCUUUGUGGGCAGGAUUAUCCAAUCAAGACAAACAAAGAAAUCAUACAGUAUAUCAAAAGCAAAUGGAAUGGUAAAAAUAUGACUCCAGGAGUAAUUCAGCCUGCGCACAUGAAACACAGGACACACCAAAGUUACAAAGAAUAUGUUCAUCAAGGAAAUGCUUAUGUUUAUCCAACUAAAAAAGAAAAAAAAGAUCCCCCGCAUAACUUAACAAUAUACUUUGGAAGUGCUUACUAUGUACUCACUAGGCAGUUUGUCGAAUUCACACUGACAGAUGUCAGGGCAAAAGACUUGCUUGAGUGGUCAAAAGAUACAUACAGUCCCGAUGAACAUUACUGGGUUACACUGAAUAGAUUAAAAGAUGCUCCAGGUGCUACACCAAAUGCUGAGUGGGAAGGGCAUAUUAGGGCUAUUAAAUGGAAAGAUAUGGAAGGAGUUGUUCAUAAUGGCUGCAAAGGACAUUACGUUAGAAAUAUCUGUGUAUACGGAUUGGGAGACUUGCAGUGGAUUAUUGAAUCCCCUCACUUAUUUGCCAACAAAUUUGAGCUCACAACAUAUCCACUUGUCAUGGAAUGCUUAGAGAGAAGAUACAGACUUAAAGUACUAAAUCAGGCAGAGGUCCCUUCAGAAUCACACUGGCAUUUGCAAGACACUUGCUAUUUUAAUAUGAAAAUAAAUAUUUGAUUAGCAAGUAAUGCACAUUGUCAAAGAAUAAAGAGAGAAAUUAUCACACUUUCUAGUUCACUUUUUUUAUUUCUAGUAAUCUGUUCUCUUGAGUAGAAGUAAGGGAACACGGAUCCCAAUAAGAAGAAAUGAGUACAAAUACUGAAGGAUAUCACUCCUUGAUAUAGUUUAGGCCUAAAACCAUUAAAAAUUGAAAAAUGGAUUUAGAAAGGUAAUAUCAUAUGCUGAAUCUUCAUAGAAGAAAGCAAAGAAAAAGCAUAAAUACCACAUUAUUUUUUGACGAAAUCCUAAGGGUUCAAAUUGCUUUAUGAUAUGAUUCACUGAAAACUAAAAUAACUGUUUAACAAAGUUCUAGAAUAAUAAAUUAAUAAGCAUUUCCUAUAUGCCAAGCACUGGUAAUACAUAGAAUGUUCAAGAAAAAAAUCGAGGGGGAAUAAAAGCUGGAUAAAACAGCAAAUCACAUUUUAAAAUUCUGUGCUAUCUUACUGAAAGCUGUGAAGAAACAUACUUUAUUUAAAGUAGUUUGUCUAUUGUUACCCUGAAUGG